AGAUGCAGUGCUCAUUUCACCAGCAGACUCUCAGUGUGUGUGUGUGUGUGUGUGUGUGUGUAUGGGACGGAUCGCAGCUCCUCUCCUCACACAGAUCUCCUCGAGAAGCUCCUCUACACUGACAGUGCUGGUGAUGGCCUCCUCAGCUCGGAUCGUGUUUGCAGUGCUCUUCGUCUGGGUUCUUCUCCUCUCGAGACCCGCCGAAUCCAAGCGGAACCGAGGCGCGAUUCCUCACCCGGACAAGAACAACCCAAACGAGUCGGCCCAGCAGCAGCAGCAGCAGCAGGCGGCCCCGGGCUCCAGAGGCAGGGGCCGCGGCUCCGAGGAGGUUCUGGAGUCCAGCCAGGAGGCGCUGCAUGUUACAGAGCGCCGUUACCUGAAGCGUGACUGGUGCAAGACACAGCCGCUCAAACAGACCAUCCACGAGGAGGGCUGCAUCAGUCGAACCAUCAUCAACCGCUUCUGCUACGGACAGUGCAACUCCUUCUACAUCCCCAGACACGUGCGCCGAGAGGAGGGAGCCUUCCAGUCCUGCUCCUUCUGCAAACCCAAGCGCUUCACCACCAUGACCUUCACCCUCAACUGCCCCGACCAGCAGCCGCCGACCCGGAAAAAACGCGUGCAGCGGGUCAAACAGUGCCGCUGCAUCUCCAUCGAGCUGGACUAGACCCAGACCCCAGACCCGAGACCCGAGAGCGAGGCUUCAGUGACAACACGCUUGAUCUGCUGUCAGCAUUACACACUACAGUCUCAGAUUCACAGCAUAAACACAAGCACCAUUGAGAUUUGUCUGCAGUUAAAUGUGUCCAAAUUUUGACUAGUGGUGCACGACAUGAAAAGAUGAUUAUUAAACAUGCAGUUUUAAUCGAGAGAUGCAUGCGGUAUUUGUACUUCUAUAAACGAAGCUUAACUGUAGGAUUAUUGAACAGCAGUAAAAAUAAUAAUAAUAAAAUAGAAGGCACCUAAAAUUUUGACUAGCAGUGCAUGUGGGUUGUUCACAAAAAGGUGUCUAAAACUCUUGUUUUACACAGCAUUUAAACAUUUUUUAUGAUUAUUAAACAUGCAGACCAUUAAUUGAGAGAUGCAUGCAGUAUUUAGCCUAUACAUGUAUAAACUAACUGCAGGAAAAAAAGGACCUAAAAUGGUGAGAAAUAGCCAGACAAAUGAUCAAUGACACUUGUUUACGUUAAUCUGAUUGGUCACGGAAAUGAUUUUGUAUUCAUUUUGUACCACAGUUGUUUUAAGUAUUAAAAAAUUCUAAUACAAAUUUUGAUUAGUAUUGCAUGUCGGUAGUUGACAUAAAAAUGUCAUAUUUAAUCUAAAACUAGUGUUUUAAACAUGUAAAUAUUCUUUUAUGAUUCAACAUGCAGUUUUUUGA